AUAAACAUGUUUUCCAAAUUGGCAAUUUUAUUUUUUGCCUUCCUUCAACUGUCUAAUGGGGUACCGCUGGAAACAGAUAAGCUGAAGAAUGAUCUAAAGAGUUUUUUCUCACCACGCAUAGUGGGGGGUGUUGACGCUCCAUACGGGUUUUCCAGGUACAUGACGGCUUUGGUCUGGGGCUACCCCGUCAGCUCGUUGGUCUGCGGAGGCUCCAUCAUCACCAAGCGCCACGUGCUGAGCGCUGCCCACUGCAUUGAGCCCUUUGUACAUUGGGGGGAGCUUUCGCCGAGUUUCAGAGGAGUAAUCGGUACGAACUAUUGGAACGCCACGCAUACUAAGAUCCAAUUCUGUGGAUACAAGAAUCACCCUGGCUGGAACUGGGCUAACAUCAAGAACGAUGUUGGCUUGCUCAUCACAGCUUCGGAUAUCCAGUUUAACCACCUGGUGACCCCUAUCGCCCUGAGUUCCGAGUGGGUGGCCGGUGGACAGCGCGGCCUUGUCACUGGUUGGGGACGAUUAGGAGUAUGGCAGAACAUACCGUACCGCCUUCAGAUCCUGUUCGUCACCAUCUUGUCACCGGAGCAGUGCUAUAGGUACAUGGAGAAGGCUCAACAAAUCUGGGGCUUCGGCCCACCAGUGCAUGCCGCGGUCGAGAUCUGCACCCUCCACUCGGUGGGGCACGGCAUGUGCCAUGGCGAUUCCGGCAGCGCCCUGGUAUAUAAGAACAAGCAAGUGGGUAUCGUGUCUUGGGGUUACCCUUGCGCCCUCGGAGCGCCCGACGUAUUCGUCCGGAUCAGUGCCUUUAACGGCUUCAUAGAAGAUACCAUCAGAGAAUAUAACUGUUGCGGACAUGAUUGA